CCUAGACCACUUUUGAUGUCUGUGGAGCUGGUCAGCGAAAAGGUUGGAGGGGCAGAAGGGACCAAACUUGACGAUGACUUCAAGGAAAUGGAAAAGAAAGUGGAUUUGACCAGCAAGGCAGUUACAGAAGUAUUGACCAGAACAAUAGAAUACCUGCAGCCAAACCCAGCUUCCAGAGCCAAGCUAACCAUGCUGAACACGAUGUCGAAGAUCCGCGGGCAGGUGAAGAACCCUGGCUACCCCCAGUCAGAAGGGCUGCUGGGGGAGAGCAUGAUCCGCUACGGCAAGGAGCUGGGCGAGGACUCCAACUUUGGCGAUGCGCUGCUUGAUGCUGGGGAAUCUAUGAAACGAUUGGCUGAAGUGAAGGACUCGCUGGAUAUUGAAGUCAAACAAAAUUUUAUUGAUCCCCUCCAGAACCUGUGUGACAAAGACCUGAAAGAGAUCCAGCACCAUCUCAAGAAGCUGGAAGGCAGACGCUUGGACUUUGAUUACAAGAAGAAGCGACAGGGAAAAAUCCCUGAUGAGGAACUCCGACAGGCCAUGGAGAAAUUUGAAGAGUCCAAGGAAGUAGCAGAGACCAGUAUGCACAACCUCCUAGAAACUGAUAUUGAGCAGGUGAGCCAGCUGUCGGCCCUGGUGGAUGCUCAGCUGGACUACCACAGGCAGGCAGUGCAGAUCCUGGAUGAACUUGCAGAAAAACUCAAACGCAGAAUGAGGGAGGCCUCCUCUCGUCCCAGGCGGGAAUACAAGCCCAAACCCAGGGAGACAUAUGACUUUGGAGAGACCGACCAAUCUAAUGGGGGCUUCUCUUGUACGCCUGCCCCUAAAGGCUCAGCUUCCUCCUCUUUCCGAUCCGACAAGCCGUUCCGGGCCUCCGUCAGGAGUAUCCCUCACCUGGACCAGCCCUGCUGCAAGGCACUCUACGACUUCGAACCCGAGAAUGAUGGUGAGCUGGGCUUCAAGGAAGGUGACAUCAUCACCCUGACCAACCAGAUCGAUGAAAACUGGUACGAGGGCAUGAUCAAUGGCCAGUCAGGCUUCUUCCCACUCAACUACGUGGAAGUGCUGGUUCCGCUACCUCAGUGAAUUGGCAUCUCUCCCCGUUCCUCUCCACUCGUGCCCCCACACAGCGCAGGGCCGAGCCUGCAUUCCACGUUUGUCCUGACACUAGCCCUCUAGUGGGGCGGGGAGAGAAGACACGGUCAUUUCCUGUAUCAUCUCGGGGUGAGUUUGCCACCAGGGAACAAGCCAGAAGGGUCAAACACAGCCCUAUCCUGGAGAGUA